GAUUUCGGAGCGGCUGAUUGCCGUAGAUUCGGUGUAAACAGUUCUUCGAAUCUGGAGCGGACACCACACCAAACCCAAGUGCAGCGAGACUCACAACCAGCGCAAAGGCGUGAAGAAAUCGUCAGAGGAGAGGGAUAUUCCGAGGUUGCGUUUUAUCGUGACGGCCAAGUCUUCUUCAUAGACACCUAUCAACAGGAUCUCUGUUCCUACCAUGUAGAGGAUAGACAAUUGUUUUGCGUUCGUAUAGGCCAAGGUCUCCUGUCUUUUGCUGUUCCUGUUGAAGGCCAUGCCGACAAAUUUGUGGUGGGCUGCGGUAGAAAGAUUUUAAUGAUCAGAUGGGAAAGUUCCACAAAUGUGGAAAAUACUCAUCCUUACGUAAUAGAAUCACCGACAGAGCUUCCCCCAGGCAGCAGAGUGGGUUAUGGAAGUGUCGAUCACUUGGAAAAACUAUGGUUUGUGACUACGAACUACGAUGAGCGAAGACCCACCCCGGGACAUGUUUAUUAUUUGGAUUCAAAAAUGAUACGUCAUUCAAGUAUAGCGGAUCUUAAUCCGAUCACUGGUGGAUUCGUGUGGGACGUUUCUCGCAUUAGCGGACAAACAUUUCCUCAUACAUUCUACUAUGCCGAUACUCCGAUUAAUCAAAUUGUAAAAUACGAGUUUUGGCCGCAUGUUGGAGUUAUUCGUUCAAGACAAGGCCUGUUUGACUUGCCAGAACAUGGGAUAUACGGCAGUCCGGGUCGUAUAGCAAUUGAUUCGAGAGGUUGGAUCUGGGCGCCUCUUCUUGGAGGUGGUGGAGUCCAAGAAAUUAAUCCAUUUACUCGAUCAUCAGGACGAUUUAUUCCCAUACCAGCAAGGCAAGUUGGAGCAUGCACUUUUGGAGGUCCUGAAUGGGAGACUUUAUAUGUAUCAACAAUAAGAAAUGACUUCAUAGAUCCUAAUCGACCAGCUCCACCAGGCGAUGAAGGAGGUCGUAUUUACGCUAUCCACGGGCUUGAAGUCGAAGGAAUGCCCUUGAGAGGAGCGCCGACAAGAGCUUAUUCAGUAGACAAAAGAGUAUUAGACAGGGUCGCUGCAGCGAUUAAUAAGGCCGCUUGGAAGACGACCUCUCAUGAAAGGAAGCAGCUCAGGGCCAAGGGCAAUCAAGGUGAGGGAAGUUCUCGUGCGUAAGCCACAAACUUUCUCGAACUGGCCACUGCGCGACAUAAUGUACGAGAUGAGUAGUAAGCAGCCUCUGGUCAUCAAGAUUUGAAAAUGAUCCAUGUGUCGAAAACGGCCAGGAGGCGGCGCUAGUAGUAACUUUCUCCUUGGGAACCUGCAGUAAUAAGGGACUAUAUCAGAUGGGAAUAUGCAAGCUGCCAUUCUGGUUCCCCGCCAAAUUCAAAAUCGCUAAAUUGAUAUCGAAUUAUAUAAAUAGAC